AUGAAAAGAGAGAAAGUUCCCUUGUGGGUUGCCUUGAUUUUGAAAUCACAGGGCAAGUGUAAUAUAAUUCCGCCCAAGUGGCUAGCUGUGACUUACCUCAAGGAGAAAUAUGACGAAGAGGUUCGAAACCCAAACCAUUUUAGUAAGCUACCUUGGAACUGGUUAGAACUUUCAAAGGCUAUAUUGAGUAAAGCAUCCGACGAUCUAUCGGAUUCAUCAGAAGAUUUGAGAUCUGUUAUUCAAGAUUUGAGAGAAAUACGAUUAGUGAAAUCGAGAAAGGGUUUGAAAGAACUAAAUGAGUCGAAUAUCCAAUUGACUGGAUUAUCCUUGAUGGAGAUUAAUGAAAUAAGACCUUUUGUCAUUUCAGUAAUGAACCAGCUAAGAGAAUUACAUGCAACUUUGAUAAGGGAUAAGGAUAAACUUGAUGAUGAGUAG